AUGCAGCAGUCCUUGGCCCAUUGCCCCAAUCUGAGGGUGGUCAACGAUACCAUUCCCGAGCACCUUCUCUUUGUUUAUGAAUAUCUUGCCAGCGACCUUCUGCAAUUCGCUGUGAAGGAUAACCUCUCAGAUAUAGCACGAAGACGGAUUCUUCGUGGUGCGUUGCCGGGACUUGCCCAUCUACAUGCAAACAACAUCUUCACCAUGCUUCGAAAGAUCAUAUUCCAGGUUGAUGAUCAAGAUGCAAUUUCCGAAGAGAUCAUAGCACGGCGCAUGAUUUCUCACAUUGCAGAUGGCCCUGGGUUGGUUGGGUUCGUGCAGACUCAUCUGGAGGAGGAUAGCCAGCAGUUUAGACAGCUUAUGCUGGACGUUGUUCAGGAGUUUAUUACGGCUGGGAAUCCUCGAAGGCCAUUUUCGAUGUGGGAUAAUGCUGAUGAGGAUUUUCACGAGGUCGUAACGAGGACGACAAACCUGGAUCCUUCACGAAGGAUUACUGCUGAGGAGGCUAUGGAGCAUCCUUGGUUCAAGAAUGUGUGA